AUGAAGACGCUCAUUUUCCUCGGCACAUUCGUACAGCUGCUGGUCCCCUGCUCGGCAGCUCUCAAACAAUGCUACUACCCUAACGGAAGCCCGUCAAGCGAUUUCCCAUGUGACCCCAACGCGAAACAAAGUGCGUGCUGCGGCGGAGGACUUGGAGCUGCAUGCCUCUCCAACAAGCUGUGCCAAUCGAACGAUGGGAAUAUUAUUCGGGGUUCUUGUAGCGACAAGAACUGGAACUCUCCCGAGUGCGCCAACUUCUGCCUUAGUGCGGACACUGGAGGAACCGAUCUAAUAUCCUGCUCCAACGUCACCAACACAGACACAUCGUACUGUUGUGAUCAUACAAACGGUUGCUGCAAUAGCGGCGCCGGCCGAUUCAACGUUUUGCCAAAAAAUCCACAAGUAUGGGCGACAUGGGAUAAUGGAGCGACCGUAUACAAGGUUGUCGGUACCGUGUUCACCGGCACUCCAUCAACUACAUCAAGAGCACCUACAAGAGCAACAGCCACAGCAACUACAACAAGCGCUGCCCCGACAAACUCAAGCCCGAGCCAGAGCGACCAAUCUUCCGGGCUGUCUAGCGGAGCAAAAGCCGGCAUUGGUGUCGGUGUUGCAGUUGGAGUAAUACUCAUUGCGGUGGUUGCAUUUUCGCUCUGGAAACUUCGGCAGAGGAAAGCAUCUGCCGGCAAUGCAGCUCAGAGACCAGUGCAAAAACUAGAUAGCCAGCAAAAGACAAUGGCUGAGCUGGAUGCUCGAGGGAAGCUGAAUCAAGAGCUUCGACCACCGGCAGAGUUAGCAGGGUGA